AUGGAGGAGCCCGCGGGCAGCGAGGCCGGCGGCGACGGGGCCGGGGCCGGCGCCCACCCCGACGCGCGGGCCCCCGGCAGCGCGGCGCCCGGCGGCGCCGGCCCGUGCGCGGCCGCCCGGGAGUCGGAGCGGCAGCUGCGCCUCCGCCUGUGCGUCCUCAACGAGAUCCUGGGCACCGAGCGCGACUACGUGGGCACCUUGCGCUUCCUGCAGUCGGCGUUCCUGCACCGUAUCCGCCAGAAUGGGGCCGACUCGGUGGAGAAGGGGCUCACGGAGGAGAAUGUCAAGACGCUGUUCUCGAACAUCGAAGACAUCCUGGAGGUGCACAAGAACUUCCUGGCCGCCCUGGAGCACUGUCUGCAGCCCGAGCCUCAGUCCCAGCACGAGCUGGGGAACGUCUUCCUGAAGUUUAAGGACAAGUUCUGCGUCUAUGAGGAGUACUGCAGCAACCACGAGAAGGCGCUGAGGCUGCUGGUGGAGCUGAACAAGGUCCCUGCCGUGCGAGCAUUCCUCCUGAGCUGCAUGCUGCUGGGCGGCCGGAAGACCACGGACAUCCCGCUGGAGGGCUACCUGCUGUCCCCCAUCCAGAGGAUCUGCAAGUACCCGCUGCUCCUGAAGGAGCUGGCCAAGAGGACCCCAGGCAAGCACCCCGACCACCCCGCCGUCCAGAGCGCCCUGCAGGCCAUGAAGACCGUCUGCUCCAACAUCAACGAGACCAAGCGGCAGAUGGAGAAGCUGGAGGCGCUCGAGCAGCUGCAGUCGCACAUCGAGGGCUGGGAGGGCUCCAACCUCACGGACAUCUGCACCCAACUGCUGCUUCAGGGAACUCUGUUAAAGAUCUCCGCGGGCAACAUCCAAGAGAGGGUCUUCUUCCUCUUCGACAACCUCCUCGUCUACUGCAAGCGGAAAUCCAGAGUCACCGGGGGCAAGAAGUCCAGCAAGAGGACCAAAUCCAUCAAUGGCUCCCUGUACAUCUUCAGGGGCCGCAUCAACACCGAGGUCAUGGAGGUGGAGAACGUGGAGGACGGGACAGCGGAUUACCAUAGCAACGGCUACACGGUCACCAACGGCUGGAAGAUCCACAACACAGCCAAGAACAAGUGGGUCGUGUGCAUGGCCAGGACGGCCGAGGAGAAGCAGAAGUGGUUGGACGCCAUCAUCCGCGAGCGGGAGCAGCGCGAGAGCCUCAAGCUGGGCAUGGAGCGGGACGCCUACGUCAUGGUGGCCGAGAAGGGCGAGAAGCUCUACCACAUGAUGACGAGCAAGAAGGUGAACCUCAUCAAGGACCGGCGGCGGAAGCUGAGCACCGUGUCCCGAUGCUUCCUGGGCAAUGAGUUUGUUUCCUGGCUCCUGGAAAUUGGAGAAAUCAGCAAGACGGAAGAAGGAGUCAACUUGGGCCAAGCUUUGUUGGAGAACGGAAUUAUCCACCACGUCUCUGACAAGCACCAGUUCAAGAACGAGCAGGUGAUGUACCGGUUUCGUUACGACGACGGCACCUACAAGGCCCGCAGCGAGCUGGAGGACAUCGUGUCCAAGGGCGUGAGACUCUACUGCCGCCUGCACAGUCUCUACACGCCCAUGAUCAAAGACCGUGAUUAUCACCUGAAGACUUACAAGUCAGUGCUGCCGGGGAGCAAGCUGGUGGACUGGCUGCUGGCGCAGGGCGACUGUCAGACGCGGGAGGAGGCCGUGGCGCUCGGCGUGGGGCUGUGCAACAAUGGCUUCAUGCACCAUGUGCUGGAGAAGAGCGAGUUCAAGGACGAGUCGCAGUACUUCCGCUUCCACGCCGACGAGGAGAUGGAGGGCACCGGCGGCAAGAACAAGCAGCUGCGCAGUGACUUCCGGCUGCUGGAGAACGUCCUGGCCCGGCGCUUGCUGAUCCCGCCCCAGGAGGAGGACUACGGCUUCGAGAUCGAGGAGAAGAACAAGGCCGUGGUGGUGAAGUCGGUGCAGAGGGGCUCGCUGGCCGAGAUGGCCGGCCUGCAGGUGGGCCGGAGGAUCUGCUCCAUCAACGAGGACUUGGUGUCCAUGCGGCCCUUCUCCGAGGUGGAGACCGUCCUCAACCAGUCCUUCUGUGCCCGUCGCCCGCUGCGGGUCCUGGUGGCCGUCAAGGCCAAGGAGGUCAUCAAGGUCCCGGACCGCCCCGACUCCCUGUGCUUCCAGAUCCGUGGUGCUGCGCCCCCCUAUGUCUACGCCGUGGGCCGAGGCUCAGAGGCGGCCGCCGCGGGGCUCUGUGCCGGCCAGUGUGUCCUAAAGGUCAGCGGCAGCAGCGUGGCGAGCGGCAGCGCCUCCGAGGUCCUGGAGCACUUCCAGGCGUUCCGGAGCCACCGGGAAGACGCCCUGGGCCUGUACCAGUGGGUCUACCACACCCACGAGGACCUACAGGAGGCCCGAGCCAGCCAUGAGGAGCCACAGGGCGAGGAGCCCCAGGAGCAGGACCCGCCCGAUGCAGCCUCCCCGCUGCUGUCCCUGGGCCCCCAGCUGAGCCUGCAGGAGGACAGCCCCACAGUCAGCCUGACGGUGGACAACGGGCACCUGGAGCACGGCGUGGUGUACGAGUACGUGAGCACGGCAGGAGUCAAGAGCCACGUGCUGGAGAAGGUCGUGGAGCCGCGCGGCUGCUUCGGCCUCACCGCCAAGGUGCUCGAAGCCUUCGCCGCCGAGGACAGCGUCUUCGUGCAGAACUGCGGGCGCCUCAUGGCCCUGAGCAACAGCAUGAAAACGAUGUCGCACUUCGAGUUCCGCAGCAUCUGCGACGCCAAGCUGGAGAGCAUCGGCCAGAGGAUCGCCCGCUACCAGGAGUUUGCAGCUCAGCUGAAGAGCCGGGUCAGCCCUCCCUUCAAGCAGGCCCCCCCGGAGCCCCACCCGCUCUGCGGCCUGGACUUCUGCCCCACCAACUGCCACAUCAACCUCAUGGAAGUCUCCUACCCCAAGACCACCCCCUCCAUCGGCAGGUCCUUCAGCAUCCGCUUUGGACGCAAACCCUCCCUCAUCGGUCUCGACCCAGAGCAAGGCCACCUGAACCCCAUGUCCUACACCCAGCACUGCAUCACCACCAUGGCCGCCCCUUCGUGGAAGUGCCUGGCUGCUGCGGAGGGGGACGUGCCGUGCCAGGGCUGCCCCGGCAGCGGCGGAGGCCCCGGGCCGCGGGAGCGGGGGCUGCACUCGCUCCUCACGCAGGAGGACCGCGAGAUCCAGGACGCCUACCAGCAGCUCUUCACCAGGCUGGACGUGGCCCUGAAGGAGAUGAAGCAGUACGUGAGCCAGAUCAACAGGCUGCUGUCCACCAUCACGGAGCCCACGUCAGUGGGGUCCUGCGACCCGCCCUCGGCGGAGGAGGCCUCGUCCCCUCCGCUGGCCGGCGAGGAGAGUGAGACGGACCGGAGUGAGCAGGGCGGUAGCAAGAAGGUGUGCUUCAAGGUGUCCGAGGAGGACCAGGAGGACUCGGGCCACGACACCAUGAGCUACCGUGACUCCUACAGCGAGUGCAACAGUAACCGGGACUCGGUGCUGUCCUACACCAGCGUGAGGAGCAACAGCUCGUACCUGGGCAGCGACGAGAUGGGCUCUGGGGACGAGCUGCCAUGUGACAUGCGGAUCCCGUCGGACAAGCAGGACAAGCUGCACGGCUGCCUGGAGCAUCUGUUUAACCAGGUGGAUGCCAUCCAUGCGCUGCUCAAGGGCCCGGUCAUGAGCAGGGCCUUCGAGGAGACCAGGCACUUCCCCAUGGAGCACAGUCUGCAGGAGUUCAAGCAGAAGGAGGAGUGCACCCUGCGCGGCCGUAGCUUGAUUCAGAUCAGCAUCCAGGAGGACCCCUGGAACCUGCCCAACUCCAUCGGGACCCUGGUGGACAACAUCCAGAGAUACGUGGAGGACGGGAAGAACCAGCUACUCCUGGCCCUGCUCAAGUGUACAGACACGGAGCUGCAGCUGCGGAGGGACAGCAUCUUCUGCCAGGCGCUGGUGGCCGCCGUGUGCGCCGUGUCCGAGCAGCUGCUGGCCGCGCUCAGCUACCGCUACAACAACAACGGCGAGUACGGGGAGAGCAGCCGCGACGCCAGCCGCAAGUGGCUGGAGCAGGUGGCGGCCACCGGCGUCCUGCUGCACUGCCAGUCCCUGCUGUCGCCAGCCGCCGUGAGCGAGGAGCGGACCAUGCUGGAGGACAUCUGGGUGACCCUGUCCGAGCUGGACAAUGUCACCUUCUCCUUUAAGCAGCUGGACGAGAACUUCGUGGCCAACACCAACGUCUUCUACCACGUCGAGGGCAGCCGGCAGGCGCUGCGGGUCGUCCUCCACCUGGACAGCUACCACUUCUCCAAGCUGCCCUCGCGCCUGGAGGCCGGGGCCAGCCUGCGGAUGCACACGGUGCUCUUCACCCAAGCUCUGGAGAACGUGGAGGGGCCGCCGCCUCCAGGCAGCCCGGGGUCGGCUGCAGACUUGCAGCAGGAGAUCAACGCCCAAUCCCUGGAGAAGGUCCAGCAGUAUUACCGCAAGCUCAGGGCGUUCUACCUGGAAAAGUCAAACCUGCCCACGGACGCCAGUGCCACGGCCGUGAAGAUCGACCAGCUGAUCCGCCCCAUCAACGCCCUGGACGAGCUCUGCCGCCUCCUGCGGGUCUUCAUCCACCCCAAGCCGGGCGCGGGGGCCAGCGUGGGCGCCGGCCUGGUGCCCGUCUCCUCGGAGCUCUGCUACCGCCUGGGCGCCUGCCAGAUCGUCAUGUGUGCUACGGGCAUGCAGAGGAGCACCCUCAGCGUCUCCCUGGAGCAGGCAGCCGUGCUGGCGCGGAGCCACGGGCUGCUGCCCCGCUGUAUCAUGCAGGCCACGGACAUCAUGCGCAAACAGGGCCCCCGGGUGGAGAUUCUGGCAAAAAACCUGCGAGUCAAGGACCAGAUGCCCCAGGGGGCACCCCGGCUCUACCGCCUCUGCCAGCCGCCCGUGGAUGGAGACCUCUGACCCCAGCUGGCCUGCUGGGGUGUGGG